AUGGAGGACACCAUUUUGUUGUCAACAAUUACUGUGACGUCAUUUCCUCGAUACAAUAUUUUCAAUGUAUCACGUGAUUUAACAUAUGAUGAAAAGAUGGCGGCGCCCAAGAAAGUCAAGUGGCGAAAAAUUUUGUAUGAACACCAAAAUGUCCCCGACAACUACGUGGAUGAUUCAUUUCUGGAUGAAAUGAAAAAGAAUUUAUACAUUAAAAACUAUGAAUAUUGGUCUGUUGUAAAGGCAUCUGGGGAAAUAACUCAGCAGAUAAGUAGCAUGUGUUUGUUCAUUGUGUCUUUUAUCUACAUGGAUGAUAAGAGACUUUCCCCAGACAGUCUAGUGUUUAUUACUGUUGCCUCCUCUGGAAUUGGUUACACUGUUAGUAAACUGGUGGAUAAAUACACUGAAUCAGACCCUACAGAGGAUGGGGCUCAUAGGACAGUUUUACAAGAUUUGAAAACUUUUGUGAUGUUCAUGGGAUUCAGCUACUGUUUGUCCCCGGUGCUUGUAUCCUUGACAGAGACCAUUUCAACAGACACAAUCUAUGCCAUGACAACUGUGAUGCUUCUUGCAAACCUGGCAUUUCAUAACUACGGUGUACAGGCAGCUGUUGUAUCUGAAGCGUUUUCACUGAAUGCUGGUCUGUUUGCCUCCGUCUGCCUUGCAUCUCGUCUCCACAGCUCUUGGCAUGCAUUUGCGACUGUUACAUUUUCUCUACAAAUUUUUGGUCUUUGGCCCAGGCUGAGGCACAAACUGAAGGAUGCCCUCCCAGCGCUGAAUGUCAUGUUGACAAUGGUGUUAGGAUCUGUGGCACUGUUAGCUUUGUUUACCAUUUCCAUGGUACCAGCAGUCAUGUUCCUUCUGGGUCAUGUCUUCAUAACCUUUGUCUGCCCUGCCUGGUUGACAAGUCUGCAGCCUCUCAAAAACAAUAUCCAUGGGCCUUGGGAUGAAGCUGUGAUAAAAAAUGAUUGAUAUUCUUGGAGAAUAGGAAUACUAGUGACACACAGCAUGUGGAAUGGCAGGACUCAUCCAAACGCACCAGGGACUGUGAUGGUGGAUCAGACAGGGGUCCAGAGUGAUGUUCAAGUCCAUAGGGUAGCGAUCGAAAUAUUGUCAUUGUCACAAGUGGCAUAACAUUCAAAGUGAGAGAAUAAACUUGACCAAACAGUUGAUCUACAGAUAUAAUAUGAUUUGAUUGUUUGAAAGUCAUUCUGGUAACUAACGGAGCCAUGAUGAUUUGAUAAAGUGGUCAAUUACUGUAUAUUUGAUGAUGUGGUCAAUUGCUAUAUAUUUGAUGAUGUGGUCAAUUGCUAUAUAUGUGAUGGAGAGAGAAAGUACCAACAAUAAAUCAGGGAAGUUGACAAUUA